UAUCUCCUGAAGCAUGCAGGCUGUGUCAUAUAAUUUGAAUUGACGUAAAUCAAAAGCAUUACUGUCACAAUGAAAAAACACUUUCGCAUUCUUGAAAAGAUGUUCAGAACCUUUAUUUUGUUUUAUAUAUUAAAAGUACUUUAUCCUGUUUAGUACUUAUAAGUGCAUUCACUGUAUGCACUUAAAAUGCUGGAAUAUUUCAACCCAUGAUUGGGCCAAAAGGAGACAAACACAGCUUUUGGGUUAAAUUAACCUAAAUGGUUACAUUUGCCCCAACAAUUAAACAAUGCAACGCAAUGGUUUGGGUUUGUCUCUUUUUGACCCAACGCUGGGUUGAAAAUAACCAGUUUUUAGGUAUGUGAUUUUCUUACUUUGUAUAAAGUUGUAUGAAGUAUUACAUUAUCCCACAGGGAGAUUUUGUUAUUCUUACAGAAAAUAAAGGUGAAAACAAACACACUAAUUAGUUAUAGUUAGUUAUUAGUAAAGUAAAUCAGCCAUUAGUGAAAUAAAAACACACUAAUGAAUGUCUUUUCUCUCAAGACUAUACAGACACAAGAGGUAUUUUCUUUUCUAAUGACACCUCUGGAGGAAAAAUUAGGCAAUAUAUUUCCCAAAAAAUGGUAGGUGAAAUUGCACAAAGCAUUCAGAGUGUUUCCAAAUUCUGGAGUGGAGGAGAACAGAGGGGUGAUAUUCACAACCUUUCAUGUAUCUUCACUAUGUGUUAUAUUUUUAUUGUAUAAAUUAUUUUCAUUGUUGAAUGUUUUAAAAUAUUAUGUAUGCUUUUUAAGAUAUUAAUAGUGAAUUGUUAUUUCUGUGGUUACUGUACACCUGCAGGUUUUUUCAUCCAAAAAACAAAUAGCACUGCUAUCAAGCUGGGUCAUAAAAAGAGGGCAACAAUGCAGAGCGCCCGGGAUGAGCUCCCUAACAAUUCCCUUAUUCAUCCUCCAGGGUUUUAUAUUGUCGGUCUUAACUCUAUGGCUUAUACCAACAUCUAUGUUAUUUUCCUUUCAGUAGUUUAUGUGUUUACAGUCAUGUCCAAUGUUUUUCUCAUCACCAUUAUUUUUUAUGACUGUCGUCUACAUGUUCCGAAAUUCAUGGCUAUUUGUAACCUGUCAGUGGUUGAUCUCAUGCUCAGCACAUCUCUUGUGCCCAGCAUGAUAAAGAUUUACCUUUUUCUGGACAAUUUUAUACCGUUCAAAUUGUGCCUUGUUCAAAUGUUCACCUACUAUGCUAUUUUAGGCCUCGAGUCCAUUUCUCUGUGCAUUCUGGCUUAUGAUAGGCUGAUUGCGAUCUGUUUCCCUUUGAGACAGGAGUCUUUAAACACAAACACCAAAAUGGCCUAUAUCAUUUGUGGGAUUUGGGUUUUUGGCAUUGGUAUUGCACUGUAUGGUCCUAUAUCCAUGACACAAUUAUCAUUUUGUGGCUCUGUCAGGGUCAACAGCUAUUUCUGUGAUUUUGCUCCUGUUUUUAGGCUCGCCUGCAACGAUACAUCACGCCAAUGGAGUUUCGCCACUAGCCUAACUAUAAUCCUUAUGUUUUUGCCUUUCAGUUUUAUUGUCUUGACAUAUACAUGUAUACUGAUCACUGUAUUCAGAAUGAAAAGCAUCCAGAGCAGAUAUAAGGCACUGGCUACGUGCACAGAACAUCUUAUAUUAGUGGCAUUGUUUUUUUCCCCUGUGUUGGUUGUUUUUAAUCUUGGAUUUUUUGGAUUUGUUAUAAACACCAAUGUAAGGGUGGUGGUCCUGUCCAUGACUUCAUGUCUUUCGCCCUGUGUGAAUCCCAUUGUCUAUUCUCUGAAAACUAAAGAGAUUAGAAGCAGAGUUUAUUCUUUAUUUAUUCAGAGACGGUCUGUUCAACCACUGAAAAUGUAA